AUGGCUAUAGCCGGAACCCUGCCGCUGCUGCUGCUGCUGGGGCUGCUGCCUCUCUCUACCCUCAGCCCUGCUGCAGCAGCUCGAAUCCCCACAUUACCAACUUGUGACCAAGAUCCUGAGUUCCAGUGUCAGGAUGUAGAGACAGCUAUUCGCUGUGGAGCCCUGGGUCACUGCCUCCAGAAGGUCUGGGGACACAUUAACGCAGAUGACCUAUGCCAGGAGUGUGAGGACGUCGUGACCGUUCUCAUCAAGGUGGUCAAAGAAAGAUUUUUCAAGAAAACCAUUGAGCAAUUCCUGAAGGAACAAUGCUCCAAACUGCCACUGAAGCUCAUAGUCCCAAACUGCCAGUGCAUGCUGGAUGAGUACUUGUCUCUCCUCAUCACGCGAUUCCAGGUACAGAUUCCAAAGAAUAUAUGUGGGAGUCUAGGCCUGUGUGAAGUCAAGGUCCCACUCUCAGCAUGGGAGCCAGGAUCUCAGGAUCUCUCAGAGAAGUUGGUCCCAGCAUUUCUGAAGGACUUCCCAGGGAGAUGUGGGGCUCACACCCAGGACCUCAUGGAACAGAAGUUCCCCUUCCCGCUUCCCUUCUGUUGGCUCUGCCGAACCCUACUUAACAAAAUCCAAUCUGUGAUCCCCAAGUCUGUGCUGGCAGUAGCUGUUUCUCAAGUGUGCCACAUUGUGCCCCUGGUGGCGGGUGGCAUCUGCCAAUGCCUGGCUGAGCGCUAUACUGUCAUCCUGGUGGAUGCAGUGAUGAGCCGUGUUUUACCUCAGCUGGUCUGCGGCCUCGUCCUUCGAUGCUCCUCUGAAGACGGCUACAACCUAGACCAUGUUAUUUCAGGCCUUCUCCCAAACCAGUGGACACCCUCAGACCCAGACUGCCACCUCUGCAUCUCAGUGACCGGCUGGGUGUCAUCAGAACUGCCGAUGAACAGCACUGAGCGGGACAUAGAGAAGACCCUGCUCAGCAUCUGCAACAACCCCCAGCUAGAUUGGCGGGAGUGCCAAGGUUUGGUGGAACAAUUCUACUCCUCACUACUGUCCUUGCUGCCACAUGGCCGAGGCCCCCACUUCAUCUGCCAGGCCCUGGGAAUGUGUGAGAGGGAGCUCAGUCAACCUCGGACUCCAGCCUGUGCCCAGGGCCCGAGCUUCUGGUGCUCCAGCAUCCAGGCUGCCCAGGAGUGUCAUGCUGCCCUGUAUUGCAAAAUACAUGGGCAGGAUUGA